CACAUCUGUAAACUGUUAUCAGUCGCCGAGCAAACGUGCGGCUUAUUGCACAGACGUUGGUAAUGAUUACCUGCUAUUUCUCUUAUUUAUGAUUUUAGCAUCUAUGCACCUAUAGUUGAAAACGAAUCGCAAUUGAUAACGCCAAUGCACUUUAUUAGUUCUGAAUGUGAACAUUGCUGACCAAGUCUGUAUAGAUAGCCAGCAAGCGGAACGUAACUAAUUCGCACAGCAAUAUUGGAUAUAUUUUAUACUAUCUAAUAUAAAAGUGUUAAUAUAAACUUAUUAAAACUAUUACCUUGCAAGUUCGCUUCCGAUAAAUAUCAAAAAUUUGUAAAUGUAUGUACACAAGUUUGAAUAUUGGUUUGGCGUAAUGAAUCGGACAAACUAACUAGCUCCGUAGUAGUCGUAUUGGACAUCAAAAUUUAUUUAAUUUUAUCUAUUAUUUAUGGCACUUAUUCACAGUUAACAUUUUCGGUAUGUGCUAAUUUACAAAUGCUUGCAAAUAUUAAAUUACGCGCACUUCAAAUAAAAUAACGCGCGAAAUGUCAAAUUGCACAUAUGACAGCAGUGUUGUGCAACGUCUUAAAUUUUAUAAAUUAAAUACUUCGUAAUAUCAAUUUUUAAUGUAAUUUUAUUUAAAUAAACUGAUUAUACACUUUUACAACAACAAGUAGAAUAAAAAAAAUUAAUAAAUCAAUUUUGUAGUUAUAGAGAUUCACAUAUAUGAUAUGUUAUUGCUAAUACUAAACCUAAAGAAGUAUCGACACAUCUCCCACGCGCAACAACACUAAAAAAUUAAUUAGUACUUACGGCAACUCCCGCCGGAACCGAAAAUAAAAAUCGGAUAGUAACAGUCAGUAGUAGUGUUUUUUCAGAUAAGUUACCUACUUUACACAUUGUAAAAUAAUAACGCAAUCAAAUUAAGCAUUAUAUUUGUUAAAUCACUUUACCAAACAACAAAGCAACAGUACUAUAAUCGUGCUUGCAAAUGUUUGCUUCUAAAAACCCAUAAAUUGUUAACAAAAAUCACGAAUCUUAUAAAUGAGAGUUUAACUAUCACACGUGCACGUGAUAAAAUCUGAAACUCCAUAAAUCAUCACAAAAUAAAAGGUGUGUUAAAUUGGUCUGUAGAUAUGCGCGUUGUUUUGAAAUUUAUUCGAAUCUAAUCAAUUUCAAUUGUGCCACUAUAUUGAUCGGCUACCAGAUUAGAUUUGUAAAGAUUCCCUUUGGACUAUAUAUAAUGAUGGCUUUCACACAGCUCAUUAGUGGGCCUUUCUUUGUGAUUAGUUGAACAUGGAGAUAUUACCAGCAAUACUUUGCAGCUUUAUAGCUAGCACAAUUGCCCACCCUUUACGCGAAAGUACGUUAGAUACAAUUGAAACGCGCAACAGUGGUGAUGUACGUUUUUAUCUGUACACCGCUUCAAAUCCUGAGGAACCACAAGAACUUCAUAUUAACGAUGCUAAUUCGGUGAAGAACUCGUACUUCGACAAAAGUCGUCAUACAAAAAUUAUAAUUCACGGUUGGACGGGUUCAUAUUUAACUACACCAAAUGGUCCACUACGACGUGCCUAUUUGGCUCAAGAGAAUUUUAAUAUAAUUUCUGUUGAUUGGAGUACUUAUGCUGCACUGAAUUAUAUAUCCUCACGUGCGAAGGUGCCCGUUGUAGGUGAAGAUAUCGCCGAUCUGUUGGAUUUUCUGCAUGAACAAUUUAACUUGAGUUAUGACAAAGUAGUUGUAGUGGGUCAUAGUUUGGGCGCACAUGUGGCAGGUUUCUGUGGUAAGACUGUGAAACGUGGAAGGAUUGCUGCUAUUGUUGGUUUGGAUCCAGCAUUUCCGCUUUACAACUAUAAUGAUCCAAGUACACGUUUAUCUAAAGACGAUGCCAAAUUCGUGCUCAGCAUUCAGACGAAUGGUAAUUUUAAAGGAUUCCCACAACCAAUUGGCUCAGCAGCAUUCUAUCCGAAUUGGGGGCUUAAACAACCUGGUUGCGGUGCCGACUUAAGUGGCACUUGUUCACACGGACGUAGUGUAAUAUUAUAUGCUGAAGCUUUGAGAGGUUACGCUUUCACGCCUAUAUACGAGUGUGCAAGCUAUGAUGACAUCACCUCAAAAACUGGUUGCAAUGAAAAUAUAACAGAUGUACAAGUUGGUGAUCCUUUGCAAGUUGCACAAAAGGCUGGCAUAUAUUAUUUCACAACAAACGCUGAGUCGCCCUUCGGAAUUCUGAGUGAUAAAAGUUUACAAAUGGAAAAUGUAGACUAUGUGGAGAAUGCUCCUGUCGUUUGAAAUAAAGUUUAACUUAUUAAUCUUUGUA